GACCCUGUUUAAAAUUAAACUCGUUCUUAAAGGGACAGAGCAGGCAAAGAUGAUUCACUCUCACAUCAUUAUUUCCUCUGAGGAACAAAAACAGGAGUCUUAACGCAGCAACUAUUUAAGCCACAUGAUCGUGUUGUCGGAUGUCUUCUAUCAUCAGGAAGGGAGGCCUGGAGACCCACAGGAGGAGAUAAGGAGGCUUCUGUCCUCCGUUCAGUCUGGAUGAGGGCCAGCGGGUCACAGGACACAAGAAUUCACGUCAAAAUGAUGGAAAGACAUGCAAGUAAACAUCAAAUCCCACGUCAGCAUGAGCAGAGGAAUUUCCAGAACAGAGGCAAUCUGGAAGAAAUUAUUGACAAUUAUCACCAAAAUAAAAGUCAUUACUACCUUUACGAGGAGAAAACAGACUUCGGUGCAAACAAGGUUAAAUUCCUAAAUAAUUUCAGGUGUUUUAAUUUAUUUUAUUUUUUAGCAAUGACGAUUAGCAAUUAUUAAACAUCAUAUGUAUAUUUUGUGAUAAAUCUGUCAUAAUCAGAUUAGAUUUUGCUUGAACGGAUGGGAACUUUAUUUUGAUAAGCGGGUUUCGUAACCGGAAACCUUGAACGAAUCCGAGUUCCUGGUUGAGAUUGCGAACAGCUCAAAUGGGUUUGUUCUGCACUUUGAUUGUGUAUGUUUGUAAAUGAGUUGUUUUGUGUGCAUUUGAGACACAGUCAGUAGUGAAAGAAUAUGAGCGUCCAUCACGAGUCGGAGCCGAAGCUGUACCGCUACAGCAGGACGGUGUGCGGCGUCUUCACUCAUGUGCUGUGCGCGCUGUUCACCGGCUUCAUCACUGUACUCACCAAACCUGGAUCCAGUCUGUUCUCAUGGCAUCCGUUCCUGAUGACUCUUGCUUUCUCCUUCUUCAUGACGGAAGCCGUUCUUCUGUUCAACCCCUACUCGUCUCCCGUCAAGAAGUUGAAGCACAAAACUAAAGGCCGUUUACACUGGAUCCUGCAGGGUUUGUGCGUUUGCUGCGCGACCGCGGGUCUGGCCGCCAUCUUCUACAACAAAAACCUCAACGAAAAGCCGCACUUCACCACAUGGCACGGGGUGAUAGGAGUUUUAACGGUUGCUGUCGUCGCGCUGCAGUCGCUCGGAGGACUCCCGCUCCUCUAUCCCAAACUAGCCAAAGGCUGGUCGCUGGCUAAACUGAAGCGCUACCACGCCACGUCCGGUUUACUCACGUACCUAUUGGGCAGUUUGAGCUUGUUUCUCGGGCUGUGUUCGGCGUGGUUCAGCAGCAACGUGAGCGGGUACGGCUGGUACCUGGCCGUCCUCUGUCCCGUUCUGUGCGCUUUGGUCGUUAUGAGUCAGGUAACGAACGCUUACAUGGCGCGAAAACGAAUGCAGUACUGAAACAGACGUUCCGGGUUUAUUUGAAAUCUUACAGACGUUGUGAACUUUAUUAACUGGACCAGAAUUACAAGUUCCUGAGCUAAUUUUAUUGUCAAUCAUGUAAAUGUCCUUUGCAACUGCUAUACCUAAAAACUAAAAAGAUGUAUUUUUAUAAAAUUUUAUAUUCUUAAAUGCAUUUCAUCAGUGUUAAUGGCAUAUUUAUGGUGCAAAUAUCUUUGAAUAUGACUAAAGGCAACUAAUUUUUCUCAAAUGCGAAGAUCAAAAGUGUUUUUUUUUUUAUUAUUUGUUAUUCGUUUGAUGUUUUUGCGUUUAUAAUUGUGCCAGGUUGAUCCUUUUAUGUUCAAUUAAACAUUUGCAGAUCAUAAAAGAAAACAUUCUAUGCCAACAAAUGUUUCCUGAAUGUUGAGAUUGUAAUUUUUGUUCAGAUGUUGCACAAAAUA